UGGCAGCAACGACUUAUGACCCCGUGGAUCCUGUGGAAUGUGCAGCCUGAAGGCUUCUCACUGCGGACUGCGGCGCUUAGCACCGCGGACGUCUUCUACCAGGCGACAUCCGUGCUAAACAUACGACAUUUUGGCACAUUUAGCGACGGCCGAAGGGAAAAGGUUGGCUCUGCCCGCACGGAUCAAGGUUCCAGGGCGGCGGUCACAAUGGAGAAUCCGCUUGAAGGCGAUGAUGAUAGCUCAUCACCCAACUUUAAGCACAAGGGAGCUCACCAGGCCUUCAAGGAUCGCUGGAAAAAGACCGACGACUCCAUGUGCCGCCACAGCAUGUCCUUCCACCUGCACCACACCAUGAGGACCGACUUCUUCGCCAGCUACCUCUACCUGCUGGAGAAGAUCCCUCUGGUGAAACUGUUUCCUGUCACCUGUGAGUACAUCCAAGGGGAGAAGCAGUUCUACUACCGAUCUCAGCAGUUCUACGAGGACGUCCCCGCCUCGGAGGAGGGAAUGAUGGGAGACUUUGUAGGGAUCUCCAAUGUUGACCUCGAAGGUUCCCGGCAGUUUCUAAAGAAGUUUGUGGGUCCGGGGAAGGCUGGUACACACUGUGCCCUGGACUGUGGUUCUGGUAUCGGCCGUGUGACCAAGGGUGUCCUCCUUCCUGUCUUUGAGAAAAUGGAGAUGGCGGACAUGAUGGAGCAGUUCCUCCUCCAUGCACACGAGGAGUACCUUGGCGACGACGCGGACCGCAUCGAAACCUACUACUGCUACAACCUGCAGGAAUUCACUCCUCCAAAAAAGAAGUAUGAUGUCAUCUGGAUUCAGUGGGUGGCAUGCCACCUGACCGACAAAGACCUGAUGAACUUCCUCAUCCGCUGCAAGAAGAGUUUGCGUUUGAACGGCGUGAUUAUACUGAAAGACAACAUGGCGCGACAGGGCUGCAAGCUGGACCCCAUAGACAGCAGCAUCAGUCGCCACCUGGACAUCAUGAAGAGCAUCAUUCACAAGGCCGGCCUGGACAUCCUGGCUGUGGAGAAGCAGGAGGGCCUGCCUGAGAUCAUCAUUCCGGUUUGGAUGAUCGCCAUGAAAUAACAAUCCUGAAAACUGUUCCGUCGGCAAGGAGAUUCGCCGAGGGAUGCCACAAGGCUCCGUGCUUGAUCCACUACUCAUCACAAUUGACACCACCUUGUCUGGAUGACACAAGUCAUGUCCAAGUCUUCCGACAUUACCGCAAAUGACAAAAAUAGCGAUUGAAGAGGUCAAUACUCAGUGAAAGUCCUCAACAUACUUGCCAACCCUCCCGAAUUUUUCAUGAGACUCACAAAUUUCAGUGCCUGUCCCGUAAAUCUCCCUGGACAACCAUUCUCUCGAUUUUCAGCCGGACCUGAGUGAGUUAAAGUUAAGUUAAAGUUAAAGUAGCAAUGCUUGUCACACACACACUAGGUGUGGUGAAAUUUGUCCUCGGCUUUUGACCAGUCCCCUUAAUCACCCUCUGGGAGGUGAGGGGAGUAGUGGGCAGCACCGGUGCCGCGCCCGGUAAUCAUUUAUGGUGAUUUAACCCCCAAUUCCAACCCUUGAUACUGAGUGCCAAUCAGGGAGGCAAAGAGUCCCAUUUUUUUAUAGUCUUUGGUAUGACUCGGCCGGGGUUUGAACUCACGACCUACCGAUCUCAGGGCGGACACUCUAACCCAGGGGUGUCAAACUCAAAUACAGAGUGGGCCAAAAUUUUAAACUGAACAAAGCCGCGGGCCAAGGUUGAACAAAUGAACCUUUUAAUAGGGACCCAAACAAGUUUUGCAUUGAAUAUUGAACAAGCAAGGUUUAUAUAACUUUAUAGUGACAUGCAAAAUAGAGUUUCAUAUAAACAUAAUAAUAAUAAUUAAACAAUAUCAAUGGCAUAUCAAAUUAUCAAUCAAUCAAUCAAUCAAUGUUUAUUUGUAUAGCCCUAAAUCACAAGUGUCUCAAAGGGCUGCACAAGCCACAAUGACAUCCACGGUAUAGCACCCAAUAAGGGCAAGGAAAAACUCACAGCCCAGUGGGACGUCUAGGGGAGACCGGAUGCAAUGGACGUCGAGUGGGUCUGGCAUAAUAUUGUGAAAGUCCAGUCCAUAGUGGAUCUAACAUAAUAGUGAGAGUCCAGUCCAUAGUUGAUCCAACAUAAUAGUGAGAGUCCAGUCCAUAGUGGACCUAACAUAAUAGUAUGAGAGUCCAGUCCAUAGUGGAUCUAACAUAAUAGUGACAGUCCAGUCCAUAGUGGAUCUAACAUAAUAGUGAGAGUCCAGUGCAUAGUGGAUCUAACAUAAUAGUGACAGUCCAGUCCAUAGUGGAUCUAACAUAAUAGUGAGAGUCCAGUCCAUAGUGGAUCCAACAUAAUAGUGUGAGUCCAGUCCAUAGUGGACCUAACAUAAUAGUAUGAAAGUCCAGUCCAUAGUGGAUCCAACAUAAUAGUGAGAGUCCAGUCCAUAGUGGAUCUAACAUAAUAGUGAGAGUCCAGUCCAUAGUGGACCUAACAUAAUAGUAUGAAAGUCCAGUCCAUAGUGGAUCUAACAUAAUAGUGAGAGUCCAGUCCAUAGUGGAUCUAACAUAAUAGUGACAGUCCAGUCCAUAGUGGAUCUAACAUAAUAGUGAGAGUCCAGUCCAUAGUGGAUCCAACAUAAUAGUGGGAGUCCAGUCCAUAGUGGACCUAACAUAAUAGUAUGAGAGUCCAGUCCAUAGUGGAUCUAACAUAAUAGUGAGAGUCCAGUCCAUAGUGGAUCCAACAUAAUAGUGAGAGUCCAGUCCAUAGUGGAUCUAACAUAAUAGUGAGAGUCCAGUCCAUAGUGGAUCCAACAUAAUAGUGAGAGUCCAGUCCAUAGUGGAUCCAACAUAAUAGUGUGAGUCCAGUCCAUAGUGGACCUAACAUAAUAGUAUGAAAGUCCAGUCCAUAGUGGAUCCAACAUAAUAGUGAGAGUCCAGUUCAUAGUGGAUCCAACAUAAUAGUGUGAGUCCAGUCCAUAGUGGACCUAACAUAAUAGUAUGAAAGUCCAGUCCAUAGUGGAUCUAACAUAAUAGUGAGAGUCCAGUCCAUAGUGGAUCCAACAUAAUAGUGUUAGUCCAGUCCAUAGUGGACCUAACAUAAUAGUAUGAAAGUCCAGUCCAUAGUGGAUCUAACAUAAUAGUGAGAGUCCAGUCCAUAGUGGAUCUAACAUAAUAGUGACAGUCCAGUCCAUAGUGGAUCUAACAUAAUAGUGAGAGUCCAGUCCAUAGUGGAUCUAACAUAAUAGUGUGAGUCCAGUCCAUAGUGGAUCUAACAUAAUAGUGAGAGUCCAGUCCAUAGUGGACCUAACAUAAUAGUAUGAAAGUCCAGUCCAUAGUGGAUCUAACAUAAUAGUGAGAGUCCAGUCCAUAGUGGAUCUAACAUAAUAGUGACAGUCCAGUCCAUGGUGGAUCUAACAUAAUAGUGAGAGUCCAGUCCAUAGUGGAUCCAACAUAAUAGUGGGAGUCCAGUCCAUAGUGGACCUAACAUAAUAGUAUGAGAGUCCAGUCCAUAGUGGAUCUAACAUAAUAGUGAGAGUCCAGUCCAUAGUGGAUCCAACAUAAUAGUGAGAGUCCAGUCCAUAGUGGAUCUAACAUAAUAGUAUGAGAGUCCAGUCCAUAGUGGAUCCAACAUAAUAGUGAGAGUCCAGUCCAUAGUGGAUCCAACAUAAUAGUGUGAGUCCAGUCCAUAGUGGACCUAACAUAAUAGUAUGAAAGUCCAGUCCAUAGUGGAUCUAACAUAAUAGUGAGAGUCCAGUUCAUAGUGGAUCCAACAUAAUAGUGUGAGUCCAGUCCAUAGUGGACCUAACAUAAUAGUAUGAAAGUCCAGUCCAUAGUGGAUCUAACAUAAUAGUGAGAGUCCAGUCCAUAGUGGAUCCAACAUAAUAGUGUUAGUCCAGUCCAUAGUGGACCUAACAUAAUAGUAUGAAAGUCCAGUCCAUAGUGGAUCUAACAUAAUAGUGAGAGUCCAGUCCAUAGUGGAUCUAACAUAAUAGUGACAGUCCAGUCCAUAGUGGAUCUAACAUAAUAGUGAGAGUCCAGUCCAUAGUGGAGACGCAUUGCAUCCUAUCAGUAAGAUAAGAGUUAAACCAAGACAGGGCUAAGUCUGACAUACCAAUUCGUGUUUUGAUACGUUCUAAUAAAAUAUUAUGAUCGACGGUAUCGAAAGCAGCGCUAAGAUCGAGGAGCAGCAACAUAGAUGACGCAUCAGAAUCCCUCGUUAGCAAUAGAUCAUUAGUCAUUUUUGCGAGGGGCUGUCUCCGUGGAGUGAUUUGCCCUGAAACCAGAUUGAAAGGUUUCACAUAGAUUGUUAGACGCUAAGUGUUCAUUUAACUGCUCCGCAACAAUUUUUUCCGAGGAUUUUUGAAAUAAAGGGAAGGUGAGACACCGGUCGGUAGUUUACCAUGAGGUCAGGAUCGAGCUUAGUUCUUUUAAGGAGAGGAUGAAUAACCGCUUUUUUGAAUGCUAGGGGAACAGUGCCCGAGGAAAGUGAUAAGUUUAUAAUAUUUAGCACUGAUGGACCUAAUAAUACAAAGAGCUCCUUGAUAAGUUUCCCAGGAAGAGGGUCAAGUAAACACGUUGUUUAUAUAUUAUAGUGUCCCAGAAGUGUUAGUGCUGCAAGGGGUUCUGAGUAUUUUUUUCUGUUGUGUUUAUGUCAUGUUACGGUGCGGAUGUUCUCCCGAAAUGUGUUUGUCAGUCUUGUUUGGUGUGGGUUCACGGUGUGGCGCAUAUUUGUAACAGCGUUAAAGUUGUUUAUUCAGCCACCUUGAGUGUGACCUAAUCAAGUAUCCUUGCAUUAAAAUAUUACAGUUGGUACAAAAUGCGGCUGGUAGACUUUUGACAAGAACAAGAAAGUUUGAUCAUAUUACGCCUGUACUGGCUCACCUGCACUGGCUUCCUGUGCACUUAAGAUGUGACUUUAAGGUUUUACUACUUACGUAUAAAAUACUACAUGGUCUAGCUCCAUCCUAUCUUGCCGAUUGUAUUGUACCAUAUGUCCCGGCAAGAAAUCUGCGUUCAAAAGACUCCGGCUUAUUAGUGAUUCCUAGAGCCCAAAAAAAGUCUGCGGGCUAUAGAGCGUUUUCCGUUCGGGCUCCAGUACUCUGGAAUGCCCUCCCGGUAACAGUUCGAGAUGCUACCUCAGUAGAAGCAUCUAAGCCUCACCUUAAAACUCAUCUGUAUACUCUAGCCUUUAAAUAGACCUCCUUUUUAGACCAGUUGAUCUGCCGCUUCUCUUCUUUCUCCUAUGUCCCCCCCUCCCUUGUGGAGGGGGUCCGGUCCGAUGACCAUGGAUGAAGUACUGGCUGUCCAGAGUCGAGACCCAGGAUGGACCGCUCGUCGGGACCCAGGAUGGAUCGCUCGCCUGUAUCGGUUGGGGACAUCUCUACGCUGCUGAUCCGCUUGAGAUGGUUUCCUGUGGACGGGACUCUCGCUGCUGUCUUGGAUCCGCUUGAACUGAUCUCUCGCGGCUGUGUUGGAGCCACUAUGGAUUGAACUUUCACAGUAUCAUGUUAGACCCGCUCGACAUCCAUUGCUUUCGGUCCCCUAGAGGGGGGGGGGGGUUGCCCACAUCUGAGGUCCUCUCCAAGGUUUCUCAUAGUCAGCAUUGUCACUGGCGUCCCACUGGAUGUGAAUUCUCCCUGCCCACUGGGUGUGAGUUUUCCUUGCCCUUUUGUGGGUUCUUCCGAAGAUGUUGUAGUCGUAAUGAUUUGUGCAGUCCUUUGAGACAUUUGUGAUUUGGGGCUAUAUAAAUAAACAUUGAUUGAUUGA